CAGUCCAUGUCCUCUUCGCUUCUAUGAAGUAUUGACGCGUAUUCUAUCAAGGCGGGCGCAUUCCAGCUUCCGGGGCAGGUGUCAGUUAUUUUGAACGGCUUCCUCAACAUGUACAUAUGUCAAGGGAGAGGGAGGCCUUCACCCUGGUAUACAUGCCCUCCCUGUUCGUUUGCGACCUGUCCCCCGAUUUUCUGAUAGUCAUCUGUUUCGGUGAGAGCAAGGCCAGGUUCCUUCCUCCAGGGGUGAGAAGCACAGACGGGAGUCGGCAUGCCAGUGUCACAGAUCCGCUGUGGAGGGACAGAUCAGGAUUUUCUUUUGCGACUUUCUGUAUCGCCGGGGAAUAUGGACUGUAUGCACUCACCGCCUUGAUUCAGGAUCAAAUAGUUUGAAGACGGUAUCCCUUGAGUGAAGCAGAAUCGUUGCAUGCAUCGCGAUUCCAGAGUCCCAUGUCAUGCCUGAACUCCAUGAACUCCACAUGCCUC